UCUCGCCUCUAGAAAAAACUAGAAGUGAUUGCUCUAUCCCGGAAAAUCACACGACACUCGUAUUGGCUAGUAUGAUGCUGGUUUUUAAAACUACAAGAAAGUUUUAUUUUGAUAUUUUGAACUUCAAUUUUUUUGUCUACAAGUUAUAACAGAAAGUGGACGAUAAUAAUUCUACAAAUUCAUGACCAAAACAAUAAAUUUGAAGUGUGAGAACCAAAUUCAGAAUAGUAAGAUUUUUUUUAUGUGUAUCUUGAUUAGGAGAACCCAAUAAAAGGAUUUUUUUAGUAUGCUCAUGCAAGCACUAAUAUCACACGUGUGGGUGGUGGUAAUGUGCAUGCUUGAGCUAGGUCUUUGUUUGUUAGUCUGUUGAAAGAUGUUAACAGCCGAUUAUAUGCCUUAUCUACUCUCUCAUCAAUCCAUUCUAUUGAUUAGAUGCAUCACCUCGUACAUCUUUUCCAAAUCAACACGACAACAAUACACGGUUUGAUACAUUGUUAAGCAUAUUAUUCAUAGAAUCUUGAACCUUUUUCUUUAUUAUAUAGAUCUCAACAAGACCCUCCAAAAAUAUAUAUAUCAACCCCCUAGUAGUUAGUUGUAUAAUCUUUUAUAUUUAUGAACUUGUUCUUUUGUAACAUUAUGAGCGUGAAAACUGGAUGUGAUUGCGGUUGAAAGACCCCAUAUAUAUAUAUAUAUAUAUUAAUUAGAGUCUUACCCAUUACAAAAAGUUUAUCCCUUUAGUUGUUAUCCCGAGCGUUCCUCCAACAGAUGAAUAAAUAAAUAGAAAAGAGAAGGGUACAUUUACACAAAUUGGAAUUGAAUCAUGGCCCUUGUCUCCUCUAAAUUAACUAUGGUCCUACUAUUACGCACUCGAACCUCAUGAUCAGAUUGUGCCAUGUCAAGGUGUAUUAGAGCAUGAUUAGUGAUGGAGGGUGAUCUCAGCCAUUGGAUGGUUUCACAUCAAGAUAAAAACCACUCCUAAUGAUCGACCAUGAUUGAGAGACCCCAAAUGGUUGGUGAUGAGUCAAUGAAUUAGAAUAUGGAGAAAGAAAGAAAAAAAGUGUGUCAAUUGCCAAACCUCAUGGGACAGGGCUAGACCCCACACUAAAUGCAGUGAUCAUGCAUUCACUAACUUUGUAAAGGAGUCUUAACACAUCUUCCUUGCUUCCACUUUCCAGCCACUUCAGAACCCCAAAUAGAGACCCCUCACCAAUAUCAUGUCGUUUGAUUUCCCUCAUCUGUCGUUCUCAUACAUAACUGACCUUUCAUCCAUUUCUCCCUCUCAUUCUUGAGAAGUGAGAACUAGAAACCAUUACAAUAGAACAUGAAAGGAAUGAAGGGGAAGCUCCUUAAGAAACUAAAAACCAUACAAGCAAUAGGUACUCUGAGACAAGGCCUAGUCUUUCAUCAAUUGAAUCCCACUACAGAAAAGUUCCCUACUACUUGGAAGUGUGCUCAAACGACAUCAACUCCAGGAGAAGAAGAUAUCCAGAAGGAGAGUUUCUCAGAGCUACUAAAUAUUGGGUUGUCCACUAAACGUUUCAAAGAUCUUAACCAUGAAAGUUUGGAAGCUGAGUUCAGUGUUGGUGACAAGGAGACUCUUUCAUCCUCCAUGAAGUUAAACGACAGUGUUUUUGCCAAGGAGAUGGAAAAAGACUUGUCAGAUGAUCAAGUAGUAGGUAAUAAUAUUGUUAAUGAGGUUGAUUGUGAUUACGAUGAUGAUGAUGAUGGAAUAAACUCAUCAUUACUAGAUUUUGAAGAGAAGUGUCCACCAGAUGGGAAUGACAAGGUUAUACUAUACACAACAAGCUUAAGAGGAAUAAGAAAGACGUUUGAAGAUUGUAGUGCUAUAAAAUUCUUGUUGGAGAGUUUAAAGGUAUUGUUUUGUGAAAGGGAUGUGUCGUUGCACCAGGAAUACAGGGAAGAAUUAUGGAGUAUACUAGGAGGUAGAGUUGUCCCUCCAAGGCUUUUCAUCAAGGGAAGGUACAUUGGAGGAGCUGACGAAGUAGUGGGAGUGCUUCAUGAGCAAGGAAAGCUAAGGAAGCUCUUGGAAGGUAUCCCACUUGUCCCGGCCCAUUCCCCAUGCCCUGGCUGCGCCAACGUGCGAUUUUCUGUGUGCUUCAACUGCAAUGGCAGCCGGAAGGUCUUGCCAGAAGGUGAUCAAAGUGAUGAAGAGUUGCACUACAUUAGAUGUCCAGAGUGUAAUGAAAAUGGAUUGGUUAAAUGCCCCAUCUGCUUCUAGUGUUCUUGGAUGAUCAUGUACUUAAACAACAUUAUGCUGUAUUAAUGUGAUGUAAGGAUCAUGUCAAAGAGUAGAAAAGCGUAUGUUUAUUUAUUUACUAUGUGACAAUAUAUGUUUAGCUUAUCAUAUAGUUAUCAAUGCUUAUUGCUCCCGUAUUAAGAAUAUCAAAUGUGAAUGUAAUAGAGAGUUUCAAUAAUGUUUGAAGUUUCUUUUUUUAA